GACCGCUACACCCAGGAGUUGGCGCUCGGCUACACCCUACACCCAGGAGUUGGGGCUCGACUACACCCCAUCAUCACAUGGGAAACCAUCUGCAUUUCAUUUCACUUCAUUUCAUUGAAUGCCACAGGGAUAAUCAACCUACUUCAGAUAAAUAGUUUGCCAUUUAAGAAAUGGAAAUCUUUGCCCUACCAUGCAGUCACCUCUGCACCGCUGGACCCGUUUUCCAGCAGGUGAUGCUCCCCACCAAUAGAUGGAGCCUCGCCUCGGGUGCUAUUGGUGUCUGGCCUUGUCAGCACCACUAGCACUGCAGGGGUGUUUUUGGUCAAAAACACCCCUGCAGUGCUAGUGGUGCUGACAAGGCCAGACACCAAUAGCACCCGAGGCGAGGCUCCAUCUAUUGGUGGGGAGCAUCACCUGCUGGAAAACGGGUCCAGCGGUGCAGAGGUGACUGCAUGGUAGGGCAAAGAUUUCCAUUUCUUAAAUGGCAAACUAUUUAUCUGAAGUAGGUUGAUUAUCCCUGUGGCAUUCAAUGAAAUGAAGUGAAAUGAAAUGCAGAUGGUUUC